AUGGCAGUGGACGCCUGGGAUAAACCGGGAGUUUGGGAGCCAAGUACUCCAAGGGCUUCAAGCACGGCCACUCAGAUCGAUGGACCGCCUAAACAUCCCGCCAACUCCAGCCCAACGAGCGCUAGCAGCAUGAAUACUUUAACAGGGUCCCCACCGACUCCAUCGACAGGGCGACAAACCAGGGUGCCCCAGUUCAGGGCGGCUGACAAGAACGAUGCUUUGGUGCCCAGCAAGUCUUCCCACUCGGACUGGCAUCCUGUGACCACCAAGUUUCUCUGGUUCGACAAGCUUUCGCCGUUGCGAUACAACGGUCGUUCGUCGUUUCCAUUGAUUCACUCUGGAGCGGUUGUUUGUCAAUUUGUCUUUUGGUUAACAAGAGAGCUAAUUCUCUGCGGGCAAAACAUCAAUUCGACCUCUGCAGACAUUAUUAACGCCGCUCCCAACUGUAUUGGUCAGAAUUCGACCAGUGGCCCAUCAGUAAACGAUCUGGAACCCCUCACCGCCGAUCGAUUUCUGCCGCUUUUCCAUCCUCGCAACCGCCGCCUGAAUCCACCCCGCCCACACUCUUUUGCGCCUGAUCUUAACGUGCGCCGUACAGCAAGCAAGCACUCUGCUAGAUACAACUUUGGUACCCUCCUCGGCAUUGUUUCUACCCUGUCAGCUGAGCAUUACUUGUGCUUGUUGCCUAUCUUCUUCCUUUCCAACCUACAUUCAGCGCCUUUACUCCGGCUUUCUCCUGUGGAUUGUCGUGGGCUCAAACAACGCCCUUCUUCCAGAGCCCCUACCUCCGGCACUCGUCCUACUGAGACGUCCGCCUCUGGGACAGCAUCUUACAGCGACGAUUCUUCGCAGGAGACCAGCCAGGACUACACCGACUCUGAAGAGGACCUUUACGACGACGAAUACGACGACGAAGACGACGGCCUUGGCCCGUCUGACUCUGCCUCAACUAGCGACCACGAUCAACAUUAUCGUCAUCACCUCUCUCAGCGUCAGCAUCAGCUUCCUCUUCACCAGCUUCCGCCUCAACCUCAAUAUCCACCACCACACCACCAGCAGCUUGCUCAUCACCAGCAAUUACCUCCUCGCCAACCGCCACCUCAUCAAUUGCAAUCCCGUCAACAAGGUCCUCCCCAGGAUCUUUACCAACCUGAAGAGGAGCCUAGACAGCCUUACCGUAGACCGCGGCGCGAUCGUGCAGCGCCACCCACCGCCAAUCUGGAAGAUCCUCGUGGGUAUGGCGCCUAUGGCCGUGGCGCCUAUGGGCACCCCCAGCCCGGCGGGCGCCCUGGCCCCGGUCAAAUGUACGGCAGAGGCCAGCAGCCAGGAUAUCAAAACCAAAUGGGACCCUAUAUGGGAUACCCUGCUAACAGCCAGAUGGUGCCUUUCGGCUAUGGCGAACCUGCCAGCCCUUACGGUGCUGGCUAUGGAGGCGAAGGAAGAGGCAUGUAUGAUCUGAUGCCUUAUCAACAACCUCCAAGUGGUUACUAUGGCGCUGUACAGCCUCAUCCUCUCUACGGGCCACCCCACAUGGCUGGAAUACCACCUGGGCAACUCACUACACCACCACCUCCUCCGCCUACUGAGGCUCCUGCCAAGCCAGCCACACCCGCUCCCCCCAAAGAAGAUCCGGAGAAGAUUCGAUUGGAAGCUGAGAUUGCUGCGUUUAAAGCUAUGGAGGAGAAGGUCAAGGCUGCCGAAAAGCAAAAAGAAGCUGAGGCACAAAUCCGAAAAGAAGCCGAGGAAGCCUUCACUCGAAGAAUGGAGGACAUGAGACUGGCCCAAGAGGAAGCCAAGAAAGAGAUCGAAAGGGCCAGGCUUGAGGCAGAAAAAGCUGCCCGAGAGAGAAUGGAAGCCGAACGAAAGGCUGAAGAGAAACGCGCUCAGGAGCACGCUCGCGCUAUGGCAGAAGCCGAGGAGAAGGCUCGGCUCAGAUUUGAAGCAGAGAUGAAGGCCGCUGAGGACCGAAGAAAGGCCGAGGCAGAGGCUCGCAUCCAAGCUGAAGAAGAAGCCAGAAAAAAGUUCGAGGCUGCAGCGAAGGCAGCCGAAGAACAACGGAAGGCUGAGGCUGCAGCGCGCGCACAAGCAGAAAGGGAGGCCCGAGAAAAGUAUGAGGCAGAGAUGAAGGCAGCCGCCGAACAGCGCAAAGCAGAGGCCGAAGCCAAGGCCAAGGCCGAAGAAGAGGCUCGUCUGAAGCUCGAGGCUGAAUUGAGGGCAGCGGAGGAGCGUGGUAAGAGAGAAGCUGAAGAGAGGGUCAGGGCCGAAAGAGAAGCUCGACUGAAAUUUGAGGCUGAACUAAGGGCUGCUGAGGAGAAGAGGCAGAAAGAGGAGGAAGAGCGAAAGCGUGCUGAAGAGCUUGCUCGAGUUCGGUUUGAGAAAGCACUACAAGAGGAGGCUGAUGCAAAGGCCGCAGCCGCGAAGAAGGCCCAGGAGGAAGCCGAGCGCCUCAUGAGACUUGAGCAAGAGGCUAAGGAAGCUGCCGCAAAGAAAGCGGCCGAGGAAGCCGAAAAGCUCAAGAAGCUCGAAGAGGAAACUCGCGCGAAGGCAGAGGCUGAGACUCUUAAGAAAAUCGAGGAGGAAAAAAAGAAGGCAGCAGAAGCAGCCGCAGCUGAUGAAGCCGCUAAGAAAGCCGCCGCAGAACUGAAGGCGAAAAUUGAAGAGGAGACAAAGGUCAAGCUCGAAGAGUCUAAGAAGAAGGCUGAGCAGGCCCCAAUCCGAUUCAAGGAUGCGGUUGGUCGAAAGUUCAGCUUCCCUUUCCACUUGUGUGCCACUUGGCAAGGAAUGGAAGAUCUCAUCAAGCAAGCUUUCAUGCAAGUUGAUGUUUUGGGUCCUCAUGUAAUGGAAGGUCACUAUGAUCUUAUCGGCCCCGACGGCGAGAUCAUCCUGCCAUCCGUUUGGGAGAAGGUGGUUCAGCCUGAUUGGGCUAUCACCAUGACGAUGUGGCCAAUGGACAAGAUGCCUCCACUGGGACACCCCAAGAUGCCUGGCGCGCCGGGCAUGCAUGGACACAAGCACGGUGGUCCUAUUCCUGUUCCACCCCGUCCCAUGGGCCCAGGUAUGCGACCUCCUAUGCAUCCUCCUGGCGGUAUGGCCCCUGGAGGAAUUCGACCGCCCCCGGGAUGGCCUGUCGGAGGAGGUGUUCGACCUGAUAUGCCAAUGCCGCCCAACGUUGUCACCGUCGGCCCUGCCCCUGGCAAGUCCAGCAAGCACAAGAAGGCAUCCAAGGAUCACUCAGGAGUGGCAGGCUUUUUGUUUGGCAAACCUCAAAAGAAGAAGUGAGCUCUCGAGUCCUCCUAACUACUGAGACAACAAGCUAACGCUCGUCCAGGCCUAGCAAGAAAUGAGGUGCCAUACUGACAUGUCAGCAUGAGAAAAUGAUCGUUUGAGCUUGAUUUGAUUUUACGGUUUUACUUGUUUAUUUGCAGAUACCUCGCCGGCAUCGGCUGCCGGCCUGAUUUCGAAAACAUCUCCUUGGCAGUUUCUUUUGGGGUUUUCUACUAUUGUCUAAG